UACUUUCUUCGUUCUAGUGAAGUGAUAGCAACGUCCUGCGACGUUUUUUUAAAUAAUUGCUUAAAAUCCUCUACGUAAUUUCUUUAAGUCUGCUACUUGAUUAAAUAUAACUUUGUGAUUUUUUGGAUACAGAAGUCACAUUAAACAGUGAAGUUGGUGCCGUAUAUGAACAAUUGGAAAAUUGUACUUUUCUGUCUUGGAUUUUACAAAAUAAUCUUAUUUUUAAGUAAAAUUGUGACCUGCAGCUAAUGUUGGCGUUUUUUAUAACAGAUCUUAAUAAAACUGAGUCAAGAUGGAGUGGGUUCUUAGGGGACCGCAGAUUCAUAGUACAUUCAGUAAUCUUGGAUUUGCACAUCCAGAAGGAUAUCACAUAAACGAAAAUUGCAAUGCUGCUUUGGAGUCUAUUCUUCAUAAUAUUCUAACAGAAGAUAAAAAUUUACGAACUUAUCGAAGAAGUAUAAGUUUUGGCCAAAACAUCAAGAAGGAUAUAAUACCACUUUUGAUAAAUGUAAAAGAUGAGAAAACUAUUGAGUUACUCAUAAAGAUCUUAGUGAAUUUGACUAUACCAGUUGAAUGUUUACUUUCCGUGGAAACGAUAUCAAACACAGAUAUAGGAAGGCAUACUAUAUUUGAAAUCAACAGCCUCCUCGCUUCUACCAAAUCUGCAUUUAUUGACCACCGGGCGACGAAAGUAAUCAUAGAGUUUCUUAAAAAGAACUCGGAUGUUGAACAGAAGUCGAAAUUAUCUUCAGAGCAGUGUACAAACAUAAGUAACACUCUACUGUUUUUGCGGAAUAUUCUUCAUAUCCCAGAAGACGUGAACAAUAUUUCGUCAAAUUAUAAUAGUCCUCCACAUACCAUUCAAAACCAAAUAUUAUGGAAUAUUUUUAGUCAAAGCAUUGACAAAAUUCUUAUAAAAUUAAUGACGAUCCCAGAUUCGAUAAAUUGGGGUGUGACGAUGGUUCAGUUGAUAGCUUUACUUUAUAAAGAUCAGCAUGUUACUACAUUACAUAAACUUCUCAACAUGUGGCUUGAAACAUCGCUAUCGGAGAGUUCCGAAGAUAAUGAGAGUAAUACAUCGCCACCAAAUAGAGGAAGUGAUGACUCGUCUCCAAUGUUGACAUCAGACCCGACUUCUGAUUCCUCCGAUACGGGUGGAAGUGGUAAAAUGAAUGACGAAUCCAACUCUCCUAACAACGGUUGGGACACAUCGAGGAAUAUAAGUGAACAAAAUUUCCCAUCAGAUAGAAUGGAGGAGAAAACGUCGAACCACAUGCUGGAUUCUGGUCAAGAAAAUUCAUACGACGAAAUGAAAAAGACUGAUGAAAGGAUGAUCACCGAUAAUCAAAUGUCAAAUGGCCAACUAGAAAACAAAAAGCACGAAGAAGGGAUGAAUAAAAAAAUGAAUUCGGAAACGUCGGACUGCGGUUAUGGAACACAAAUUGAAAAUCAAGAAGUUAUAUCGACAUCAAGCAAUGAAGAUGAAUUACCAACAAAAAAACCGGUACAUCAGAAACCUCACAACCCAAAACAGAGACCGAAUAACAAAGUACGUUCGAGUGUUACUUUGCAAGAGAGGAAAAGGAAGAAAAUUGUCAAAAGAGGAAAAGCUAAUAUAAUAAACGUACAAGGACUGACGCACAAUACGCCAACGGAUGACGAUAUAUCUAACGUGUUGAAAGAGUUCACAGUAGAUUUCCUUUUGAAGGGAUACAAUUCAUUGGUUCGCACGCUACACACACAAAUCCUUACAAAUCUGCAAUUGGAAAUAGACACCUCACAUUUCUUCUGGCUCGUCACCUAUUUCCUAAAAUUUGCAACUCAGAUAGAGUUGGACUUGGAGCAUGUUUCGUCUGUUUUAUCAUUCGAUAUUGUUUUAUACCUAACAGCGGAAGGAGUUAAUUUAUGCGAACAAUUUGAAUUAGCCAUUAAACUAGAUGGUAACGAUUUGAAGCCUAGUAUUCGCAGGCUGCAUUUGGUGGUGACAGCUAUACGAGAGUUUGUCCAAGCAAUCGAAGUUUAUAAAAAAUCAGUACACAUUUGCCAACAUGAUAAGGACAUAUUACUCGACUUGCAAAUGAAAAUGUGUGAAACGGAAGAGUUGCGCUCAUUACUAGUACUUCUAUUGCGUCAUUAUAAUCCGAAGUAUCAUUCCAAGCAAUAUUUACAGGACCUUGUGGUUACGAAUCACAUUUUACUAAUGUUUUUGGACAGUGUUAUGAAAUUACCGGAUUACAAGGGAUCUGGAAAAUUAGUUGACCAUAUAAAGCAGUUCGCCACUCCAGAGAUUAUGUACCAAUAUGGUCUCCUAUUAGAAGAUUACGAAGGGAACGGAGAGUUCGUGAAUGAUUGCGUUUUCACGUUGAUGCACCAUGUCGGCGGUGACAUGGGCUGUUUAAUUUCCCUUUUCCAACCAAAAAUACUGAAAACUUUUACAUCGAUAUGGAAAUCCGAGUUUGAAAUUUGCGAUGAUUGGUCGGAUCUAAUAGAAUAUGUUAUAAAUACAUUUGUAAAGAAACCACACACUUUGCAACGUACGGCAAGCUUCCGAUUGGAUACAGAAAGUUUCGAUGACGACAAAAUUCUUAAAGAACUUAUUGAGAAUGAGGAGAAACCAAAUGAAGAUGUGUCGUCUAGCAGAGCCAUUGUUAACUAUGAUGCUAGCGUAAAGGACAGAUGGACAGACGACGAACUAUCGGCAUUUAAUUGGAUUUACAUGCAAAGCAGUACAUCUACAGAUACAGUUGGUGAAAUUGUUCGACUGUUUAAGGAAGAUGGAAUAAUCAAAACUCGCGAUGCAGUCAUAAGGCAGCUCCAUAAACAAUCAAUUAUUGACAAAAAUGAAUUUGAUAAGCUUAUUAAGGAAGAAUCCGGGAAAAGUUCAAAGAGUUCAGAAACCAAGGAAGUGAAAGAUGACGAUAUUGCGAAACUAUGUGAAUACAUGACAAAGGAUGGAAAGUCGAAGUUUUUGAAUUGGGUUCAAAGUGUCUUGCUCGAGACGUGUUUUACAAAAAUAUAUUUAGAAAAAAUGAAAAUAGCCAAAAAAGCUGAGAGUGAAACUAUCGUUAAAGAUACUAAGAAAAUGUAUCACUCAUUGCCCAAAAAAGCUAAAGAAUUGCCUGUCAUGUCACCCGUUUCGUAUCAUUCCCUUUUGUUCAAUCAGUCUGUACCACUUGUACCAUGGAAUUGUGAACAAGCUGCUAUAUGUAAGGAUCUGAAGUUCCUACAGCUUUUACAUAAAUUAGGUUUUUAUAUGCCUGUGGACACUGGUAAAGUAUUUAUCAGAAUACCUUAUUUUUGGACACCCGACGUACUCUAUGAAGUUGCAAGCAAGAUUUCAUCUAUUGACUCAUCAAAACUUAAGUUCUCCUUGAGCGAUAUAUCGGAGAGUAGCGUGUUGAACUCAUCGUUGAACACAAGAAUUGCCAUUCCGGAUCAUCCAAAAGACAUUCCAUUGACGGCUAUUCCGGAGAAUUUCUUUCAAAUUCAUAAACAAAAACACAUCGCGUCCAUCGUUAAUUUUACACCCAUGCCUGGUUCAUCAUUUAACAUAGCAUGUGAUGAACGGUCCGUGCCCAGUUGGUUGGACGUUGUACAAAAAUCUCAAGAAUUUAAACUGACUCUGGAGUUGGAGAGGACAAUUAUUCAAAGUGAAAUACAGGACAUGAGUAAGCUUGUCGGGAAGGAACCCACAGCGAAUACGUUGAGAAUACUAGAAAUAAAUAAAGAGGAGUGUGAUGUGGCAGCAGAGUCUCCUCUUUUGAUCCCGAUCGACAAUGGCGUUAAAGGAGAGCCCUCCAACUUCAAUAUCGGUCACGCUGAAUCGGAAUAUUGUAAUAACAGUUCUUGCGAGACUGCAUCGGUCGCUUCGGAUCUCACAAGAAUGUACGUGUCGGACGAGGACGAGAAGCCGGAGGUGAUACAUCGACCAGCAGCAGAUAAACAUUUUAAUGACGAUCAAAAUUCUAGCGAUCUAGACAAUAAUAGCGCCGGGAAGCGUCCGCGCGUGCAUUUCUCUCCACCUUUCUGAAAUAUAAUGCAUCUUUACUUGAAACAUGACGUAAUACACAAAGUUAAUAAUACUUAGGUUAAAGAUAGUUUAAGAAUGGUGUUUUGUAUGGUUUUCGGUUUUAAGAUCUAGCUUAGAUUCGUUGUAUCAGAUCGUAUUUAUAGUUUAAUAAAUCUUAGUAAAUUUUUUAGUUUAAUAUGUUUAUGUCUGUGCCUAGUAAAUGUACGAGUUUUGUAUAAUUAAAAUUCAUUUCAAUGUUG